CCGACUCAUCCCUGUUGAGAAAUUGGAGGGAAUGUUUUUUGUGAAAAAAGUGUGAACCAAGAAGAAUUAAAGGUUUUUAAGAGUGUUUUAAAAUGUUUUAAAGUGAUUGAAAGUGUUAAUCAUGAUUAUACUAUAGUUCAAGAAAGGAUGGAUUAUAAUAUUUGUCAAAUUAUGGAGGAAAUAAUUGUACGAUGUCGAAUAAAAGUGUCGGCUUUUCUUACUUGUAGUCACCCGUGGCCUGUGACGAACAUAACCUUAAAUUGAUUGAGGUAGAGGUAUCAAAUUGGUUAUUAAAAGGAUUCUUGGGAAUAGAAUGAUUACAAAUUACGAUUACAAAAAUUGAUUGCACAAAUGAUUGACGAUGGAAAUUCAAUACAAGACUCUCGAGGCAGACAUCUAAGCAUUGAUGAGAACAAUAAGUUCCCUUGUUCCGAAUCGUUUGGACUGAUUGAUUUUUUCUCUCUCAUCCUGGGACUUGAAUCGAGUAUAUAAAAACUUUUCUACGCUCCUGUUAUUACUCCUUUGGCUGAAAUCUAGUUACGUUACUGUUGAUGGGAACUAGAAAUUCUAUGGUGGCGAGAGAUGGAGUGUUGGAUGAUAGUGGGGAGCAGCUUUGGUAGUAUGUAUCGUGCCGGCUGCGCAAGAGCAGCCUGGAAGGCAGAAUUUUUCAAUAAUGAACAACCCGUGGUAACUGUCAGUUGCUGUCAGUUCGGCCAGCCGUGUAUUUCGUUGAUUCUCGCGAGACACGUUUUGUUUGUGUCCAGAUGUGCUUUGGAAAUGUGCUUCACAGUUAUUAGUUUCACUGGAAGGAAAAAAUAAUUUAUCAAUUAACAAUCGUCAAGGAUUAUUAUUUCAACAACUAUUGGUUUAAAUCAAAAUCAUCAGAAAUAAGGUGCAAGAAAGCGCACAAGUCGGCGUCAACGAUGGAUAGAAUAACGAGGUGGUCUUGAAUGGCCAUUUGCCAAAAACUUGUGAACCUAUACAACGGGCGUCGUUUGAAACGCAACAUGGAGACACUUCAGGGAGACGGAAAUUCCAGCAUAAUUCGCGUCUAGACCUAGAUUCUGAUCGGUCAGCAUCCGACAAGGAUUCAAAAAUGGGCAAGUGUUGCAGUAAGCGGCAGGAGCCUCAACCAAUCGAAAAUGUGUUUUUAGGGUACAAAAAAGCUGACACUGGGCUAAGUUCAAAGCACAGCAAUGGAGGCUCCCUGGACCGAUAUACUGCCGAUCCGAAUCAGAGAGGAGUUCAGGCCAGGGCGGAUAUUAUUCGCCCGAGGCCCACACCCUGUAAGCUUCAGAUUCCACAUCAACCCCGUAAAUCAAGCUCGCCUGUCAUAGUACCUGCAUCACAUUCACAAAGGGCCAAUAAAAUUGUCGUUGCUCUUUAUAAUUACACGGCGCGAGAGAGCACCGAUGUGAGUUUCGUCAAGGGCGAUCGCAUGGAGGUCCUGGACGAUUCUGAGCCCGAUUGGUGGAAAGUUCUGCAUCUCACGACUCUUCAAGAGGGUCUCAUCCCCUGGAACUUUGUCGCAGUUGAACGUUCAGUAGAAAGCGAAGAUUGGUUCUUCGAAAACGUCUCCAGAAAGGAAGCUGGCAAGUUACUUCUGGUUGAUGAAAAUCCUCGUGGUACUUUCCUAGUCAGACCCAGCGAACACAAUCCAAGGGGUUAUAGUUUAUCGGUGAAGGAUUGGGAGGAGGGAAGAGGUCAUCACGUGAAACAUUAUAAAAUUAAACCCUUGGAUAAUGGCGGAUUUUUCAUUGCCACAAAUCAAACAUUCCCCACGUUACCUGCACUUGUUAUGGCUUACAGUAAAAAUGCCUUGGGUCUUUGCCACGUUCUCUCGAAACCAUGUCCAAAGCCACAGCCCGACAUGUGGGACUUGGGUCCAGAAUUGCGGGACAAAUGGGAGAUAAAUCGCAAUGAAAUUCAACUAAUAAGAAAAUUGGGUCAUGGAAACUUUGGCGAAGUCUACUAUGGAAAAUGGCGAAAUAAAAUAGAAGUCGCUGUGAAAACACUUCGUCCUGGGACAAUGUCAACCGAGGCAUUCCUCCAAGAGGCAGCGAUUAUGAAACAAUUUAGGCAUCGACAUCUCGUUGCGCUCUACGCCGUUUGUUCAAAGGAAGAACCAAUUUACAUUGUACAGGAAUAUAUGUGCAAUGGUAGUUUGUUAGAUUUCCUCAGGACAGGCGAUGGUAAAUAUAUGCAAUUCGAGGAUCUCAUUUACAUUGCCGCGCAAGUCGCUUCUGGCAUGGAACAUCUCGAAAGUAAACAACUUAUUCAUAGAGAUUUAGCAGCUAGAAACGUUUUAAUAGGGGAGAAAAAUAAGGCGAAAAUAUGUGAUUUCGGUCUCGCGAGAGUCAUUGAGGACGAUGAGUAUUGUCCGAAACAGGGAAGCAGAUUUCCAGUGAAGUGGACAGCACCCGAAGCUAUUGUUUAUGGAAGAUUUAGUAUUAAGAGUGACGUCUGGUCCUAUGGAAUUCUACUGAUGGAACUCUUUACCUACGGACAAGUUCCAUAUCCUGGAAUGCACGGUCGAGAAGUGAUUGAACAAGUGGACAAGGGCUAUCGAAUGCCGAAGCCCGUGAAUCAUCCCCUUCCGGAUAGUAUCUAUCGAUUAAUGUUACAAUGCUGGGACGCAACACCCGAGAAACGACCCACGUUCGAAUUUCUCAAUCACUAUUUCGAGUCAUUUAAUGUCACAAGUGAAAUUCCGUAUCUAGAACCGCCAACAGACUGAUACACGGCCCACAUGCAAAGUCACAUGGUGCCGCACGGUCACUUUCAUCCGGCGCACGUCAAUUGUGCCAUGGAGUUUUAUGGUAUUUAUUGUUGAAAGUGUGUUCGCAAAAAAAAUAAAACAACUCGUAAUGUUGUUAAAUAAACGCGAUAAAAACACAAUUUAUUAGACGGGGUGGAAUUUUUUGUCAAAACUCCUCCGACACAUUUUUUCAGUGAGUUUUUCACGAAUAAAAAAAAACACUUGCUGCUGCCAGAAAUCGGAACUUUUUUUUAUGACAGAGUGAUUCGAAAUAAUGUGCCAUGAACAUGAAUUUUUUUCUACAUUUUGCUUCGUUAGGAAUUUUUCCCAUAUAUUUUUCAUUGAAGCAAAAUUUUCCCUUGUGAAUGAGAAAAAAAAGAAACCUGACUGACAAAGAAUGACUGACAGUCGUGGAAAAGUGAUGACAUUUUUUUUAAACUUUUCAAUUUUGGAGAAUUAUUUUCAAAAACUUUCUGUUUUUUUUUGUGAAAUUUAUUUUUCCACGAGUAUCAGUGGGUGCCAAGAUAUUUGCAAUUUUUUUUUUGCGAUGGAUGCAUUUUAGGAAGCGUAUGAGAUGCGUUUUAAAAAUUUACCCUUUUUAGAGAGUAGCAUCGACAGAGUCGAAAAAAAUUUACACGUGAACAAAUAAAUGAACUAGUUACUGUAUAACCGCAGGUUAGUCGGUUAGAGAACGGUUACAAUUUAUAAAUAUAUAUAUAUAAAUAUAUAAAUAAA